AUGAAUGGUCGACGAAGCUGCACCAAAUUCACAGAAGAUCAAUCGAAAAUCCUCAUCCAAGCAUUCAACCAAAAACCUUACCCAGGUUACACUACCAUACAGAAGGUUGCUUUGGAAAUAGAUGUUGAUGAGUCUAGAAUCUGGACCUGGUUUCAGAAUCAAAGACAGAGGCACCCAGCCCAAAGGAGAGCAGAGGCAGAGGAGGAUGUAGAUGCAAGGCAAGACCAAGAUCACAAGCAAGGGCGCCCUUUGGUGAAGAUGCAAACUAGACGUAGACAGCCUUGUAUCGCCUACACUCCCUUCCAAGUACACACCCACCGGGAGGCAUUUGAGAAAAACCCGUAUCCUGGGAUUGGUUCCAGAGAGCAACUUGCUGAGGAAAUUGAGGUUCCAGAGUCCAAAGUUUGCAUUUGGUUUCAUAAUCAAAGGAGUAAAGUCUGGGUUCACAGAAAAAAUGAACCCAAUGAGCCUUUAGAACACAAGCAAGAUGGGGAACAAGACCUUUGA